AUGGCUAGUGAUGAGAGUUUUUUAGCUCUUGUACACUAUAGAGGGUCCAUUAAGAAAAAAAUACGAUCAGGAAUUAAGUUUACUAACAAGGACCUACUGAGUGUUUUUCUCAAACAUUCGACUAGCUUUGUUGAAUUUAAGAAUACUAUAUUCCAGAGACUAGGACUGCAAGGCGUGAAAUGGGUAGAGAAGUUGUGCUAUAGGAUCCCGAUUUCUGUGUUACGCGAUGAUGUCAAGUAUGAUUCAUUCAUUAUUAGCAAUGACGAAGAUUUCAAGGUGCUGUUCCAUUGUUGCCAUCAGUUUCCCGAGAUGAGGAUUUCGGAUCUGUUGGCGAAGCUUGUGGAUGUGGUAUCUAGUUCUGGAGGUUCGAAUAAGAAUCCCCACUCCAUAGGACAUUCAGCUUGGUUUAGUUCCAUGCCUGUUGGUUCCUCGUCAGUUGUACCGGUGAUUGCACCUGAGCCAGAUUUAGUAGCUUCACCAUCCUUUGCAGUUAAUCUGAAUCGUAGUUGUGAUGCAGUAGUUGGUGAGGCUGGACCGUUGGGAAAGGUUGCUUUCGCGAUGCCUAGCUCUCCUGUGAGGGUCCUGAUUUACAGAGCGGUUGGAGUACUUGAUGGAGUUGAGGAUGCAUUGCAUGAUGAUGAUGAUGUGGAGCCCGCCACGAUAGCUGAUGAUAGCGACGAUGAGACACCACAGACGACUCUAGCUGUGGGUGGGAAAGCAUCUAGUUCAGGUACUAACCAGUACCCCCGCACUUCUUUGCUCUAG